AUGACAGAUCAACUUGCAUGUGACGUCUGCGUAGCAAAGCACACAGGCACAUGUACAGUUAAUCAGACCUGUGCGUGUUUUUCUGGUUAUAGUGGACCAACCUGUUCUACCACAUCAAUCACGGAUACAACGUCGUCGAGUCAAAUCAACAUUGGUAUUGUGGUUGCUAGUGGACUUGGUGGAGCUCUAUUAACUCUAGUUGUUGGCUUGGUCAUAUUCUUUAUUUGGAAAAAGCGUGUGAAAAAGAAACUAUUAGCCUAUUCAGCAUCACUCUCAUCCGCCACUUCAACAGUAACAGUGCCACCACCUCCGUUGCCGUCUCGGUUACCGCCUUUAUCUCAAGUACCUUCUCCCAUCAUUGUAUCUCCUCUGUAUGAUAUUGCGCUAUCUAGGCGGGCCUCAGUUUCAACCAUUAGUUAUCAUACAUACGAAGAACCAUCUUAA